GAGAGAGAGAGAUACGAUGUUGCCCAGUGAAGACAGUAAGCUCAACAGCCGCCUGCUUUCUUUGAUCUAAACAGCCUGUCAUUUUGAACAACAUGAGCGGACGGGUCGGCGACGUGAGCCAAAAGCAGGCUGAAGCGUUAGCACAGUUUCGAGAGAACAUCCAGGACAUAUUACCCAGCCUACCUGCCCAGCAUGACCACUUCCUGCUGCGCUGGCUUAGAGCCAGGAAUUUCAACAUCCAGAAAGCAGAAGCGAUGCUUCGCAAGCAUGUUGAGUUUCGGAAGCACAUGAAGGCAGACACAAUAACUACAGACUGGCAGCCUCCUGAGGUGAUUGAACGCUACCUGUCGGGUGGGAUGUGUGGCUACGACAAGGAUGGGAGCCCUAUCUGGUAUGAUGUGGUGGGGCCCCUGGACCCCAGGGGCCUCCUUCUCUCCGCCUCCAAGCAGGACUUCCUCAAAGCCAAGGUGCGGGAUUGCGAGAGGCUGCAGAGGGAGUGCAAGCGGCAGAGUGAGCAGCUUGGCCGCCACGUGGAGUCCAUCACCAUGAUCUACGACUGCGAGGGUCUGGGGCUCAAACACCUGUGGAAGCCGGCCGUAGAGGCGUAUGGAGAGGUUCUCACCAUGUUUGAAGAGAACUACCCUGAAGGGCUGAAGCGGCUAUUUGUGAUUAAAGCCCCCAAGCUCUUCCCUGUGGCUUACAACCUGAUCAAGCACUUCCUGAGUGAGGACACGCGCCGCAAGAUUAUCAUCCUGGGAGGUAACUGGCAGGAGAUUCUGCUGCAGUACAUCGAUCCGGACCAGCUGCCUGCCUGCUACGGUGGGACCCUCACUGACCCUGACGGAGACCCUCGCUGCAAAACCAGGAUUAAGUACGGAGGGGAUGUUCCUCAGUCCUACUACGUGCGGGUCUCCAUCAAGCAGCAGUACGAGCAGACGCUCUGCAUCAGCCGCGGCUCCUCCCAGCAGCUCGAGUAUGAGAUCCUGUUCCCUGGCUGUGUGCUCAGGUGGCAGUUUGCCAGCGAGGGGUUGGACAUCGGCUUCGGGGUCUUCAUCAAGACGAAGGUGGGGGAGCGACAGAAGGCAGCCGAGAUGGUGGAGGUGGUUCCGAGCCAGCGGUACAAUGCACACCUAGUGCCGGAGGAUGGCUCUUUCACCUGUCAGGACCCAGGCAUCUAUGUACUGCGGUUCGACAACACUUACAGCAUCUUGCACUCGAAGAAGAUCAGCUUCUCUGUGGAGGUGCUGCAGUCAGACAACGGCUCCGUGUCCAAAACCCAGGAGCCCGAGGGAGGGGCCGGGGCAGAGCUCGCAGCCUGCAGCCAAUAGCAGCAGGAGGAGGAGGAGGAGGACGGGACCCAAUUGCAGGCAGCACUGCUCCCCGGAUCCAGGACGCGCCACCCUCGGUACUCACUGUAUUAGACAGGGAAGCCUGGCCCAAUAGGUACUGCCUACAAGCUGGGGUGGAGGGGUCAAUAGUUUCUUCUUGAGCUGAACUUGGAAACUGUCCAGAUUUGUUCUAUGUGUAACCUCGGUGUGGAUAGCACCCCUUUCUAUAAUUCCCAUUACUACCACAUUUUGACAUGCAGUAUAACUCUGUUACUGUAUAGCUAGUGCACCAUCUAGUGGUAAAAAUGAAGUACCGUGUUUAGUGUUUCACAUUUACACUUUUAAGGCACAGAGCGUGCUGACACUAUUUAACAUAUAAAUGUACUAGGACUUUGGGGUUAGUGCGCUGAAGCUUAUUUCCUCAAAGGAACAUUCCAAUAUCUGACCAAUUGAACUCUUUGCUUUAUACUUACUGUAAUUAUCCCACUGACAGGGACCCGUUCUGUACAUGGAUUGUAUUUACAUGCUAGCUCAUGUGAUGGCACUUGGUACGGGCAUUCCUGUGCAUGUGUUCUUGGCAAUGUUGGAGUCACUAUGCCUCUGUUCUAGAUGAGUUCUGAUCUCUUAAUGAAGAAUGUGAUGUCUGUUCAAUGAAUCUAAUCAUAUGCAGUUCAGUCCUUUUUAAAUCACUGAAUAGGACCCUGUCCUCUGGCAUUUCUGUAUUUGUACAGAUUACAUGCACUGCUAGAGGUCUUAUUUGUAAUACCCUAGUACAGCAAUUGUAAUGAGCUCAGUAGCUGAUAGUGCCCAGAUGUAUUAAUUAGGCCACAGUACCUACUUUUUCAGGACACUGGCACUUGAAUGGUUGAACGAUUGAAUAUUAAAUAUGGGACAUUUUGUGUCCAGCUUUGAUUAUAGUCAUGGUUACCUAUACUAAUGCGUUCCCAAUGAGAGGAGGCGAUUAGACCCAUCAAUACUGUAUUCAUAGUUGCUGAUUUAUCCCAGAACUUUAUCUAGUCGGUUCUUAAAGGAUCUAGUUGGUCCUUAAAGGUUGCUUAAACCCGUUCCAUAGUCUCAGCACUCUCUAACGUAUACCUUGGACUGGACUCCAGUUAUGAGCUGCACUUAAAAAACAAUAUGUCUUUCGGAUACACACUUCACUGUAGUACACCCCCCUCUAGUAGCGUAGAUGUGGCAUAAUAUAUACUGGAGCUAGAACAGUCCUCAUAACACACACUGUAUUGCCAUGUUUUCUACCUGCUGUAUUAUAUUAGAGAGUAGUUUGUAGAAGGUCCUGUUUACACCGUUCUGUACAUAGAGGGUUGCUUUCACGACCUGGCAAGACAAUUACAGGUAUACAGCUCUGGAAAUACAAAAGCACAUUUUAACACGUGUUAAAAAAUCACUAAACUCAGUAAAUAGGCAUGUAGGUUCAAAUAAAAAGUAAUAUCACAUUUAUACUUAAAAAUGGUGAAAGUAAUUGAAUAUAUUCACAAUAAAAAAAAAACCCUGGUUUUGAAAAUAACCCCUUUAGUAACUAUGUGUUCAAAGUAUUUUUCUUGGGUAGAAGUAGGUACGUUUCAGGUAACUUUCCGCUGCUAUGUGCUGUACCUAUAAAGUCCCGAGAAUACGCUGAAAAUAAAACUGGGUGUACUGUGUUAACCCUUUAUAUCCUGGAUACAUCUGCAUAGGAAGCUAGUGCUACACUUCUGUCUGCAGCAGAGAGGAGAGAGUCAGAACUGAGUUGUUUUCAAUAAAAGCUGGGUUUGAAUAAACUGGGAAUCCAGGAAAACAAACCUGGAUCAAAUUGAUAUUGAGCUGUUGAAACUGACCUGUUGAGAACUGUGGCAAAAGAUACAGAGAUACAAGUGGUCUAGACUGCUAACUAAUAGAGCAUCUUAAACUAUAGGGUGUCAAUACUAGAUCCACUGGAACACCAGCAGAGUCACUAGUGAACCCAGGAUUAAAGGGUUCAACCAACACAAUCAAUGCAGCCUAAUGCAGUUUGCACAGGGUAUACAGGACCUACCUGUAUAGAGUGCCAGUACUUGGUGGAGUGUAGUGGAUCUUUUCCCCAUGUGUGACCAUCGGUUCAUGUCAUGGGUUUAAGCUUAUUGACCAGCCUGUUGCUGGAACUAUUUAUUUGUUGGCCAGUAAAUUCUUGUACAUUUAUAUUGCAAUGUAAAGCUUGUGUAAUAACAUGUGUUCUUACUCUCAGUGCCAUGUGGGUUUGCAGUUGAUUUUCGUUGUUUUCUAGGCUUUAGCAAAUUCCUUCUUUGUGAUCGAGUUUCACCUGUCCAGAUUUAACAGUUAGGUCACAGCAGCCUAUUUUUUCCCGAACACUGGCACCUCAGUGGUUGAACAUUGUUAAAUACUGGGAACUUCUUCUUCAGCUUUGAUGAAAUUACAUUAUUAUUAACUGUAGGAACCGAUUAGACCCAUCCGUGCUCAGUUACUAGCAGUAGAUUUAUCCCAAGUCGUUUUUUAAACAAUACUAAUGAUUCAGCAGCAACAACAUGCCUUAAACCCAUACACUCGCCACUCUCUGUAAUGUCUACCCUGGGCUGGGGAUGACUGUCACUCUACUUGAUAUUAAGGUACCUUUUUAAGAUAAUAAAUGCAUUUAAAAAAUCAACAGCAAAACAGUCAUACUUGUUCCCAUGAUUAGAAAAUGUUUUUCAAAGGUUAUUACACCUUUCAGAAGAGUGGUGAAGUGAAAUCACAUUCACUGGCUCUUAAUUCGUGGUUCGUUUACCGCAGGGAUAAUGCAAUGUUUGUCUUUUAAAAUCACACUCCAAAAACCUACCCUAAUAAUUGAUCUUCCUCAUGACAGGGAUACAACCUAGUCUGGAGAUGCAUGUAUUCCCAGUAAUUUUUUAGCUCUAUCUUGAAAACUGCUCAACUGCUUAAACUUGGCAUGGACAUUCCUUAUAAGUUUUGCCUUGGGGUUAGUUUAAUUAUACUAAUAGGCUAAUAGGCUGCAUGCUGUUCUCAAGGGGAGCUGCUUUUUCAUUGUACUGAACCCUUAUGGUAUUAAUAUAACAGUCAGGGGUAUAGAUUACUGCAGUACAUACCCGUGCCUUGUUGUUCAUUUUUCAAUUGUUUUAUCUCAUGUUGUGCAGUAUUCGCCAAGACUGUGUUAAAUGUAUAUGCAGUGAGUGCAGGCUGAAGUUCAAAUAGAGGGUCAGGUUUAGCUUUGAAAUCUGAAAUGGAAAAGUAGACCGUUCUGAUGGUCCCAAACUGAGUCUUGAGAUAUGCAAAGGGUAUGUACAUUGAGGCUGAACCCACAUGUAAGAGAAAUAGAUAGAACAUAUAUUUUGGAAUACUAUAUAGGGCCCUAGGUCACAAAACUGUAAGAGGUGUGUUUUUAAGUACUGUUUUUAAUUAUAAACAUUGUUGUAUGUUUAACAGUGCUUUGAAAAAUGUGUUGUAAACCCUCUCUAAGACAUGUGAAAAUGGUUUCAUGGUCUUUAAGUGUGAUUUGAUUAAUCAAAUUGGGCUUUAUAUAACAUUCUUUAAAACAGUCCUUAGUUUUGUAAACAGACCCGUAUUUUUUUAAUGUAUUCUUGCAGAGGUGAGUGCUACAGUAAAAAAUGAUACUUUACGUUGGUAACACGCGACACUUUAAAAUCUUUGUUUAAGCAUUAUUCGACUACAUAACAUUCAAGUAGUGAAUUUUGGGUUAGGGUUAGGGUUAAGGUUGGGGUUUGUGGAAAGUGACAGCUAUCAAUAGCUUCUAGAGCAUUUUGCCAUAGCCUUUACCUGCAUGUUCAGUAUCCCCAAUCAACCAGGCUUUGUGUUUCUUUUUAAUGUAUUGUAGUUUUGGUUUAUUUUGUAACUGCUGUCUUAUGCGCACCGAACAACAACACAUGUUUAAAACAAUGUGUAGAUACAGUAUUCCCAGCACUAUUUUUCCAUUCCCUAGAACCAGGCUGCAGCAUGUGGGGAAACAAGGUAUUAAUCAAGGCUCUCUGCAGGCAUAUACACAGAUUGGUACCUUACAGUCUGGUUCAUGUCAUGUUGAUUCAAUCACGCACAUUUUAUUUUAAAUAAUUGUAUUUAAUAGAUGUUAUUGUGUUGUAAUUGCAACGAUAUAGAUCAGGGCUUCUCAAACUCGGUCCUGGGGACCCCCUGUGGCUGCUGGUUUUCAUUCUAACCGAGCUCUCAAUU